CAACGGCCAACGCAACCUAUUCAUCCUCCCCAGCCGCGAGUGUCAGUGCGAGUUCACUCGCAUUAAGUCAGUUCCCAGGGUUUUUACGGAGUCUACUCUUUGCAAAAUCAUAUGCCCAACCACGUUCAUUCGCCCUAUGCUUCGGUAAUAGUAUUUACCUAAGCCCCCCAUCCAAAAACCCUCCUUAUCCUCUCUCUCUCUCUCACACACACACACUUCGAAACCCCACUUCACAGUCAUGGCGACCACAGCGGCGGCAGCCACAACCAUAGCCCGAUCAAUCCUAACCGUCCGAUCGUCAUCUCUCUCCUACCUCCGCUUCCUCUCCUCCGCGUCCUCAUCCCUAUCCCGGGCCCCACCCCUCCCCGGCUUCGCCCGCCCGACUCGCCCCACCUUCCUGCUCUCGCACUCCAUCCGGGUCGUGGCGCCCGGAGCGGCGGCUCGGCUGACUGCGAUUCGGUGCAGGGUGAACCGGUCAGGCGGGUCGGCCUACUCGCCGCUCAACUCCGGGUCGAAUUUCAGCGACCGCCCGCCGACCGAGAUGGCCCCGCUGUUUCCGGGCUGCGACUACGAGCACUGGCUCAUUGUCAUGGAUAAGCCUGGGGGCGAAGGGGCGACGAAGGAGCAGAUGAUCGAUUGUUACGUCCAAACCCUAGCCAAGGUCCUCGGAAGUGAGGAGGAAGCUAAGAAGAAGAUUUACAACGUGUCUUGCGAGAGGUACUUUGGUUUUGGGUGUGAAAUUGACGAGGAGACAUCUAACAAGCUCGACGGUCUGCCUGGUGUUCUAUUUGUCCUUCCUGAUUCUUAUGUUGAUCCCGAGAAUAAGGAUUAUGGCGCUGAGCUGUUUGUGAAUGGAGAGAUUGUUCAAAGGUCUCCAGAGAGACAGAGGAGGGUGGAGCCAGUGCCUCAAAGAGCUCAAGACAGACCAAGAUACAAUGACAGGACCCGCUAUGUCAGGCGCCGGGAAAAUAUGCGGUGACCUCUCUAUUAUGCAGGGUUAAAGAAAGAGGGGUCAAAUCUGCACAAGAACGCUUAUUGCAUAUUGGUCUACGAUAUCAGAGAGGGUUGUCUUUCGUAUUAGAUAGUUGUUAUUUACGGUGUCAUGUUGAUGUUUUGUGCUUGGACGUGUGACUAAACUGUGUCCUAUGAACUUCAGAACCUCAUAUGCAUUGUCAAUAAGGCGACUGUAUGUUCCUUGCUCUGUAACCUUCUCUUUCCUAUUGCUGAUUGGCGUUUGUCUCUUUGAUUUUGCUUCCCAAUGUAGUACAGUAAUUUUAUUGUAGAGGGUAAACUGAGAAGAGUGUGCUCCGACAGUUGCUUAAGGAAUCAUUGCUCUAGAUUAUGAAA